CGCCGCCCCUGCCCGCCCGGAUCCCUGCGCGGGUCGCAUGGGGCGCUUCGAGCCGGGAGCGCACGCGGGCCCCGGGCCCCGCUUCCUGCUGCCGUGAGCAGCCGCUCCGGGAAGCCCCGAGACCCCGAGCCGCCGGGAGGAUGACCAUGGCCGGGGGCAGGAGGGGACUGGUGGCCCCGCAGAACACGUUUCUGGAGAACAUCGUCCGGCGGUCCAAUGAUACUAAUUUUGUGUUGGGGAACGCACAGAUAGUGGAUUGGCCUAUCGUGUACAGCAAUGAUGGAUUUUGCAAGCUCUCUGGCUAUCACAGGGCAGAAGUUAUGCAAAAAAGCAGUACCUGCAGUUUUAUGUAUGGGGAGCUGACUGAUAAAGAUACAAUUGAAAAGGUGCGGCAAACAUUUGAGAACUAUGAGAUGAAUUCCUUUGAAAUUUUGAUGUACAAGAAGAACAGAACACCUGUGUGGUUCUUUGUGAAAAUUGCUCCAAUUCGAAACGAACAGGAUAAAGUGGUUUUAUUUCUUUGCACGUUCAGUGACAUAACAGCUUUCAAACAGCCAAUUGAAGAUGAUUCAUGUAAAGGCUGGGGGAAGUUCGCUCGGCUGACCAGAGCGCUGACAAGCAGCAGGGGUGUCCUGCAGCAGCUGGCUCCCAGCGUGCAGAAAGGCGAGAACGUGCACAAGCACUCCCGCUUGGCUGAGGUGCUGCAGCUGGGCUCAGACAUCCUUCCCCAAUACAAGCAAGAGGCACCAAAGACUCCCCCUCACAUCAUCUUACAUUACUGUGUUUUUAAGACCACGUGGGAUUGGAUCAUCUUGAUUUUAACCUUCUACACAGCCAUCUUGGUCCCUUACAAUGUCUCCUUUAAAACCAGGCAGAACAAUGUGGCCUGGCUGGUUGUGGAUAGCAUCGUGGACGUCAUCUUUCUGGUGGACAUUGUGUUGAAUUUUCACACCACCUUUGUUGGCCCAGCUGGGGAGGUGAUUUCCGACCCCAAACUCAUCCGCAUGAACUAUCUGAAGACGUGGUUUGUGAUUGACCUUCUGUCCUGUUUGCCAUAUGACGUCAUCAACGCUUUUGAGAACGUGGACGAGGGCAUCAGCAGCCUGUUCAGCUCUCUGAAAGUCGUCCGGCUGCUCCGUCUGGGGCGAGUGGCCCGGAAACUGGACCACUACAUUGAAUACGGAGCUGCUGUGCUGGUCCUACUGGUGUGUGUGUUCGGCCUGGCUGCUCACUGGAUGGCCUGCAUUUGGUACAGCAUCGGGGACUAUGAGAUCUUUGAUGAGGAUACCAAGACCAUCCGCAACAACAGCUGGCUCUACCAGCUGGCCAUGGACAUUGGCACCCCUUACCAGUUUAACGGGUCUGGCUCAGGGAAAUGGGAAGGUGGUCCCAGCAAGAAUUCUGUCUACAUCUCCUCGUUGUAUUUCACCAUGACCAGCCUCACCAGCGUGGGCUUUGGGAACAUCGCCCCGUCCACAGACAUCGAGAAGAUCUUUGCCGUGGCCAUCAUGAUGAUUGGCUCACUUCUUUAUGCCACCAUCUUCGGGAAUGUGACGACCAUUUUCCAACAGAUGUACGCCAACACCAACAGGUACCAUGAGAUGCUCAACAGCGUUCGGGACUUCCUGAAGCUCUACCAGGUGCCAAAGGGAUUGAGUGAGCGAGUCAUGGAUUAUAUCGUGUCCACCUGGUCCAUGUCCAGAGGCAUUGACACAGAGAAGGUGAGGAGGGCGACGAGCUCAGAUAAGCCCCUUGUCUGCCAGCCUUCCCGGGAGACCUGGGGCUCUCCUAGGACAGUGGUUCUCAAACUGGCUGUGCCUCAAAUUCACCUGGGUGGCUUUGGGUGUCCAGAUCCUACCUCCAGAGAUUUUGAUGGAAAUGGAAGUCUAACUGUCCAGGGCAGAAUUUCCCACACUCAUAUAAUGAUAAGAAUCGGGGCCACUCAGGGCGCAGUCAUCAGUAUUACUGAUUGUUCUUUUGCCUCAGGGAAAGGAGAUGUGUUUGGAGAUGUGUUCUGGAAGGAAGCCACCCUUGCCCAGUCCUGUGCCAACGUUAGGGCCCUGACCUACUGUGACCUUCACGUGAUCAAACGGGACGCCCUGCAGAAAGUGCUGGAGUUCUACACGGCCUUCUCCCACUCCUUCUCCCGGAACCUCAUUCUCACCUACAACUUGAGGAAGAGGAUCGUGUUCCGGAAGAUCAGCGACGUGAAGCGGGAAGAGGAAGAGCGCAUGAAAAGGAAGAAUGAGGCCCCCCUGAUCCUGCCCCCAGACCAUCCUGUCCGGAGACUCUUCCAGAGGUUCCGGCAGCAGAAAGAGGCCAGGCUGGCGGCCGAGAGGGGGGGCCGGGACCUGGAUGACCUGGACGUGGAGAAGGGCAGCGUCCUGGUGGAGCAUGCCUCGGCCAACCACAGCCUGGUGAAGGCCAGCGUGGUCACGGUGCGCGAGAGCCCCGCCACGCCCGUGUCCCUCCAGACCUGCCCCCCGAGGGCGGGGGCGCCGGACCUCGCCAAGCUGCACGCGCCCGGGUCCGAGUGCCUGGGCGCCAAGGCCGGCGACUGUGCCAAGCGCAAGGGCUGGGCCCGCUUCCGAGAUGCCUGCGGGAAGGGCGAGGACUGGAACAAGGUAUCCAAGGCCGAGUCCAUGGAGACGCUCCCCGAGAGGACCAAGGCGGCCGGGGAGGCCACCCUGAAGAAGACGGACUCGUGUGACAGCGGCAUCACCAAGAGCGACCUGCGCCUGGACAACGUGGGCGAGGCCAGGAGCCCCCAGGACCGGAGCCCCAUCUUGGCCGAGGUCAAGCACUCCUUCUACCCCAUCCCCGAGCAGACGCUGCAGGCCAGCAUCCUGGAGGCCAAGCUGGAGCUGAAGGAGGACAUCAAGGCCCUGCACGCCAAAAUGACCCACAUCGAGACACAGCUGGCCGAGAUCCUCAGGAUAUUAGCGUCCAGAAGGUCCUCCCAGUCCCCCCAGGAGCUGUUCGAAAUAUCCGGGCCCCACUCCCCAGAAUCGGGGAGAGACAUUUUCGGCGCCAGCUGAGAGGCCUGUUCAUGAACAGUCAGAGACAAAAACCGACCCUCCCGCCCCGCCCUAGGCAACACCCCCACCACACACACCUACAUGAGCAGCAACUCUCAGAGCAGGCUCUUCCUGACAGAAAACCAAAGUGGGACCAGUUGCUUGGGCACACGCUCUCCUUCCGUCAAAGGCGCGGGGAGGAGAGUGUGCACCGGGACUGUCUUUGCACAAUUUCGGAAGAGGGGGCAUGCGGUCUAAAGGGUGUUUCCCUUCAUUUUUAAUUUUUUACUGCCGUGAUAUUAGUAAAAGAUGAAAACUACCAGAAAAGAGCAGCCGCCAUUUGGACAUUGGUGGGGGAGCACCGAGAGCCCCUCACGUGGGUCUGCUCCUUCUCCCAGUCCCCGAAGACUGUGGUGGGCACAGGACUUCCCAGCAUUCCCUGUCCUUGUACAGCCUGUGUCUGGCAUCACCGUCUAUUUUCCUACA